GGAAUCUGAAAUGAUAAACAUGGGGCAUUGGGCAGCGCCAUGCUUCUCCACAGGCGCCUCUCUUUCAGCAACCGUCAUCUUCUUCCAUGUCUUCCACCACCCUUCUCUCUCUCCCCUUCACUCUCAGGCCCUCUCGCUUCCCCAAUUCCUCUCUCUCGCCGCUCCGCCGUGCCACCUCUGUCGCGCCAUUUCCCACAGUUGCGGCGGUUCGCUGCGGGUUUAAGCCUGCUUCCAAGAGUAGCAGAGGCAGUUCUACUUUUUUCGCUUAUGUCGGGCCUGCUUCGGACCCUAAUGUCAGCGAGUCCGACCCGAAACUCGAUGACGCCUCCGUUUCCCAGGAUCGAGUUCCUGGGGUCUUGUAUUGGGGGCUCUUGUGGAGGCUUUUGAUGAAGCACAAGCUACGGCUUCUGGUUUCUUCGCUUACUCUUGUUUGCUGCACCACUUGCACUCUUUCCAUGCCGUUUUUCUCAGGUAGAUUUUUUGAGGUACUUAUAGGUGCAAAACCUGGGUCUUUGUGGAGGCUGCUGAGUACAGUUGGAAUUUUAUAUGCAAUGGAGCCAAUAUUGACGGUCUUGUUCGUCACAAACAUGAAUUUCAUGUGGGAGAAGGUUAUGUCAAGAUUAAGAGCCCAGAUUUUUGGAAGGUUGCUGAUUCAGAAGGUGGAAUUUUUUGACAGAUACAAGGUUGGUGAAAUUACCGGAUUGUUAACUUCUGAUUUGGGCUCUCUUAAAGAUGUGGUGAGUGAGAAUGUUUCAAGGGACCGUGGAUUCAGAGCGUUCUCUGAGGUGAUUGGAACAAUAUGUAUAUUAUUUGCAUUGUCCCCCCAGCUUGCACCUAUUCUUGGUCUUCUGAUGUUGAGUGUAUCGUUUUCAGUGGCUGUAUACAAGCGUUCUACUAUCCCUGUCUUUAAAGCUCAUGGAUUAGCUCAAGCCUCCAUGGCUGAUUGUGCAACAGAGACAUUCUCUGCUAUUCGCACUGUGAGAUCCUUUGGUGGUGAAAAGCGUCAAAUGUUCAAUUUUGGUCGCCAGGUUAUUGCAUAUGAGGGUAGUGGCAUAUCACUUGGGACUUUUAAAUCUCUGAAUGAAUCCUUAACUAGAGUUGCUGUUUAUAUUUCGCUUAUGUCAUUAUAUUGGCUUGGAGGAGACAAAGUGAAAGCGGGUGAACUUUCUGUAGGAACCAUGGCUUCUUUUAUUGGAUAUACUUUCACGUUAACAUUUGCUGUUCAAGGAUUGGUAAAUACAUUUGGAGAUCUCCGUCGAACUUUUGCUGCUGUUGAAAGAAUUAAUACUGUUUUACAUGAAGAGGUUGAUGAAGCCCUUGCAUAUGGAUUAGAAAAAGAGAUGCAACAAAAAGAAUUUAAAUAUAAGUUGUUGUUCUCUGGCGUUACUGAUGAAAACAGUCAGGUGAAAACACAGUACAUGGCAGACCUAAAAUCUUCUAGCAACGUUAUCAAUCUUGCUUGGUCUGGUGAUAUUUGUCUUGAAGAUGUGGGCUUUUCUUAUCCUUUGAGACCUGACGUUGACAUUCUUAGUGAUUUGAAUUUAACACUUAAAUGUGGAACCGUGACGGCACUAGUGGGUCCUAGUGGAGCAGGAAAGAGUACAAUAGUACAGCUGUUGGCACGUUUUUAUGAGCCAAAGCAAGGGCAAAUAAAAGUUUCUGGUGAAGAUAUUCGAGCAUUUGAUAAGAGGGAAUGGGCUCGGGCUGUUUCAAUAGUGAAUCAAGAACCUGUUCUGUUUUCGGUGUCUGUUGGAGAAAAUAUUGCAUAUGGACUUCCAGAUGAUAAUGUAACAAAGGAUGAGGUGAUAAAGGCAGCCAGAGCUGCAAACGCUCAUGACUUCAUUGUUGCACUUCCUCAGGGCUAUGACACACCAGUCGGUGAACGCGGAGGCCUUCUAAGUGGUGGCCAGCGACAGAGAAUAGCCAUUGCAAGAGCUUUGCUUAAGAAUGCUCCAAUCCUUAUACUUGAUGAGGCAACCAGCGCACUGGAUGCAGUUAGCGAGCGACUCGUCCAGGAUGCUCUAAACCUGUUGAUGAAGGGAAGGACGACAUUGGUGAUUGCACAUCGGUUGAGUACAGUUCAAAAUGCUCAUCAAAUUGCAUUUUGUUCCGAUGGAAAAAUUGUAGAGCUGGGUACUCAUUUGGAACUAUUGGCUCAGAAAGGUCAGUAUGCUUCAUUAGUUGGCACACAAAGGCUGGCAUUUGAGUGAAUUUGCUUUGCCAUUUAACUGCACACACUACGUCAGAGAGGCUGUAGAUUUACGGUAUUCAGAUAGAAUUCCGACAAUAAAAUUCAAUGUAACCACAUAAAAAGAACUAUCCUCAUACACAAUCGAUAUAAUUUUUUGUGUAUAUGGCAUAAUUGCUGCUAUAAUGUAACUGCCAAGUUUGAGCAGAGGCAAUGUAUUAUUUUUUCCAUCUUUUCAAAGGGAUCUUUAAUGUCCUUGAAAA